GACUGCAUCUAGUCAUCUUAUCCCUAAGAACAUUGGGGAAAUUACGAAACCUUUCUAAGCUGUAGAUUUGUGAUUUAGAAAACAAAAAUAGAUAAUGGUGCACGCGUCAAAAAUUAUUCUGCGAGUCACUGCUUUUACGGGCGCGGGGUUAGGAGGAUGGUUCGCCGGAAAACAUUUCGAAAGACAGCAAUACCUGAACGAUGAAAAAGACAACAGAGCGAGCAUAUUUUCCAACGUAAACAUUAAGAAUAUGCCGUGUCUGCCGAUUUUCGGCACGGUUUCAGCAGCAACGCCAAUAGUACCAGCUGAAAAUCAAGCAGACAUGGGAGCAAAAUUAUCUGUACAAGGAUCAAGAAUUUCUCAAAUCAUGAAGUAUGGAUUCCCUGGUCUCGAUAAUGUCAGAUCGUUUGAUGAUUACGUUAUUUCUUACGACAGACGAAAUAGAGUUGCCCACUGGGUUUUCGAACAUCUCACAAAGGAAAGGGUGAAACCAAACAAAUUGGUGGAUCGCUCAAAAUGUGAAUUUACUCCCGAUAAAAGUAUACAUCCAUUUUUCAGGUCAGAAAACAGCGAUUAUAAAGGAAGCGGAUAUGAUCGGGGACAUCUAGCAGCAGCGGGGAAUCACAAAUUAGAACAAACUCAUAUAGAACAAACUUUUUUCUUAUCAAAUAUGGCUCCUCAAGUUGGCCGAGGAUUCAACAGGGAUUCUUGGAACAGGCUAGAGAAAUACGUUAGAACUUUAACAAAUGUAUACAAAGACGUGUAUGUCUGCACAGGCCCUUUGUAUCUGCCAAAAAGAGAGGCAGAUGGGAAAAAGUACGUCAAAUACGAAGUUAUUGGCAAUAAUCAUGUGGCUGUUCCGACUCAUUUUUAUAAAAUUGUCGUUGGAGAAACCGAGGACCAUAAAUUGGAAAUGGAGGCAUUUGUGAUGCCAAACGCACCUAUCGACGAUAAAGCUCCACUAAAAAAUUUCCAGGUUCCACCAGAAAGCAUUGAGCGUGCAGCAGGACUUUUAUUUUUCGACAGAAUAGCUCGCGAGAAACUAAAUAAAGUAAAUGGAAAAAGCGUUUGCAGCUGAUAAAGUAUUUUAAAUAGGAUAAAAUUGUAGGAAAAUAAUUGAGCGCAGUCUUGAUAAUUUUAUUUUAAAAUUUUAAUAAUUUGAUAAUGUAACUAGAGUGCAAUUACAAAAUUGACUAUGUACAGAGAGUACGUAGGAACAUAUCUAGUAAAAUUGUCCCAAAUAGUGUA